CUGAACUCACUUGAAUACUGUGUAUUCCAAUUCGAUCACCCCAAGAAACACCAUGAACAUGAAGUGGUUUGCAUUAUUAGCUCUUUUAAUAAUUCUCGAGACUUCCAAGACUGAGAGUCAAGACGUACGAGUGAAGCUUUGUGGCCGUGAGUUCAUUCGGAUGGUGGUCACGUCGUGCGGAAGCUCUCGACUCAAACGGAACGCGGCUGAUGCAGACCUUCACUUUGCAAACCCUCAUACUAAUCUACAAAACUGGCUCGACAGAGAUCUCGUUGCACAUCAGAAAGGUACCCUGACUGCUGAGGACGAGCAGUGGAGGGAGCAUGACUCCCCCGAGAGCGUGACAGAGCAUCCAACGCCCCGCCAGCACACAAGCCCACCAGCAGAGCUUCUGGAACACUCUACCACUGUGCAGGAUCUCAGCAUGUCUUCCAGGACCCGCCGUGAUGUCGGGCCAGCGGGCGUCUGCUGUACUUCAGGAUGUACAAUGAGUGAACUGAUUCAGUACUGCUAAACUCACACCAGCUCUCCUUGGACGGAGAUAGAUUUUAGAUGUCUUCUAGCCUAAAGAACUUCAGAAGCUGCAUGUGGUACAUUAAAUUAUGCUUCAUUAGACAUUGUAUCUAAGCUACCACUGGCUUCAUUUGUUAACAUUAGGUACUUAAUGUUAACUAAAAAUAAAAUACUUCCAAAGCAAUUAUUAAUCCUAAUUAUUGUUAAUUUUAGCAUUCACUAAUACACUAUUAUAAUCAAGAAGUUAUAACUGUUAAUAUGAUUUAACAGACCUGAGCUAAAAAAUGAACAGUUGUAUUUUUUAACAAAGAUUAAUAAAUACAGUAACAAAUGUAUUUCUCAUUGUUAGUUAAUGCUUACUGUAAAGUGUUGCCAUCAUUAUUAUUGUUGGUAGAGGAAGUAUGCAUGUAAUUGAAUGAAAAGAGUGGUUAUAUAUAUUUUAGAUGGCU